AUGAAAUCAGACAACAAAUACGGAAACAACAGAGGCUAUAGGAUAAUUAACGAAGCAAAGAGCAAGUUUUUGCUGCAGAAUUCCACAGCUGCCAGAUCUGCUGGCUGGGCUAAAUAUCAGCUGGCUGUUACCAAAUACAAGGAUGUUGAGGACAGCAGUUCAUCCAUUUAUGCCCAGGGUGACCCCUUUGAUCCAGUACUUGAUUUCACCCGCUACCUAGAGGACAAUGAUUCAAUCGUGGACACAGAUUUGGUGGUCUGGGUCUCAUCAGGAUUCUUUCAUAUUCUACAGUCAGAAGACAUCCCUGGUACCAGUACUACAGUAAACCAAGCGCAAGUGUUUUUGAAGCCAUAUAAUUUCUUCAACCACUGUCCCAGUAUGGCUGUGAGUGACGCACUGGUAAUCAGACGUCAGAAAAGUGAGGGCAAAGACCUCUCAUUUGAUACUUUUGAGACAGAGUCAGGUGAACCCUUAUGUUAUCAGAAAGAGAAAAGUGUAACUGAAUUUGAUGGUGAAAUAAACGAUUCUGAAAAUUAG